UCACACUCUGGCAGCCAUUCGUUCUGAUUUUGACUUUAAAAAUGGGCACCAAAGUCAUGGACGAGACUUCCGCGCACGUGCGCGACGGUUUCCCUCUGAGCAAAUCGACUUCCAAUUUUCCUCUAAAUAGAAAUUCAUUCUACGAGCAUAAGCACUCACAAUUGUCAACAAUGGCUGGAACAAUACCAUUUUGGAUCGCUUUCAUAGCGAUUUUGUCUGUUUUUCUUCAAGGAGUGAAAGUGAAGGCAACAACUUUUGAGAUCACAAACAAAUGCCCCUACACGGUUUGGGCAGCAGCAUUGCCAGGUGGAGGGAAACAACUGGCACAAGGGCAGUCAUGGACCAUCCAACCUGACGCUGGAACAUCCACGGGCAGAAUAUGGGGACGAACGGGCUGUUCUUUCGACGGCAGCGGUCGGGGCACCUGCCAAAGCGGUGACUGCAAUGGCACGCUCAACUGCCAAGGCUAUGGCUCGGCGCCAGCCACUCUGGUUGAAUAUUCCCUCGACCAACUUCAGAAUCUUGACUAUUACGACAUCUCUCUCGUCGAUGGCUUCAAUGUGCCUCUUUCCAUCACUCCCACUUCGACAAACCCUAAUUGCAAGGGGAUAAUUACAUGCCUGAGUGACAUUAAUUCGCAGUGCCCUAACGAGCUCAAGGUGAGCGGAGGAUGCCUAAGCGCCGAAGUCAAAUAUAAUACGGUUGAUCACUGCUGCACAGGAGCUAACUGCAACCAAACCCUUUACUCGAGGUUUUUUAAGGAACAAUGCCCCCAGGCCUACAGCUAUGCCAAGGAUGACACCAACAGCACCUUUGUUUGCCCCAGCGGAACGGACUAUAAAAUCGUCUUUUGCGGUAAAAGUGAUCCCAUUUUCGCUCUUGACCUUUAUAUAACCAUAAAUAAUGAGGAAUAAGAUUCCUGCCCUGCGCAUCAUGUGCUUGAGCUCUGUGUUACUCAAUUUUCAAAGAUGUUUAGCCGAGAGGCUAAAUUUUGUAGCAGAUUUCAGCCGGAUAGUUGUCAUGCCGGAAAAAACUAAUUUCGAGGAGUUGAAUCGUUCUCUGCCUGAACAAAUUUGAACUGGCGACAUAUUUUUGGUUAAAAGGCUGCAAAAAUCUUGAGAAUUUUGUCUCGGGUUGCUCAAAAAUCCCGAUGUCUUUAGAUCUACUUUUUGUUCGCCUCAUUUAUUGAAAAACUCUGCUUUAUUAGGGUUUCAUAAUAUUUGUCUUGCAAGCUCUGCUCGUUUUUCCACAUCGUUGACUGCACGACACAAUUUGUGUCCCGAUGUUUUCGUAUCAUUGUAAUUAGUUUGAACUGGAAGCAGCAAUUGUAGGCAGAUUGG